GGUUACAUGGGCCAUAAAGCCCAGAUUUUUUUUUUGAAACCAGUAGCUAAAUUACGUGUUGGGUUCUGCUGCUUCACUUCCGCCUCGGAUCACAAGUUCUUCCACAGACAGACGAGGGACGAGGCAACUAGCUGGACGGGAGUCUUGCGAGCAACCCACCACUUCCGCCUUCAACCAUUCCAGAGUUUACCUAAAAUGGCCAUCAUGGAUGACCCCACUUCUGCUCCUCCUCAGGCAGACCUCAAUGACCUACAACAAAAUCAACAUAUUGCAACACAAAACUCUGAAAGCAAUGGACAAGUUGGCAAUGGAGGCAUGCCCCGAACAAAGAUAUUAUGGUUUCUAAAACGUUUCAAGAAGAAGAAGAAAACAGGAGGGUGGAGUUCAGCCACUUUCUUACUAGUAAACCAAGGACUAGCAACUCUGGCAUUCUUCGGGGUGGCAGUAAACUUGGUGCUGUUCUUAACGAGAGUGUUGGGACAGAGCAACGCAGUAGCGGCGAACAAUGUGAGCAAAUGGACGGGAACCGUUUACCUCUGCUCACUCUUGGGUGCUUUCCUCAGCGACUCUUAUUGGGGCCGCUACCUUACCUGUGCCAUCUUUCAGCUCAUUUUCAUCGCGGGACUUCUUACCUUGUCCUUAGCAUCAUGGAUUAUGUUGAUAAAACCAGAAGGGUGCGGGGACGGUAUAGAGCCAUGCACGCCACCGACCAAAUAUGGCACCGCCAUAUUCUACCUGGCCAUUUACAUGGUUGCACUCGGCUAUGGCGGACACCAACCAACAGUGGCCACAUUAGGGUCCGACCAGUUUGACGAGUCAAACCCUAAAGAGGUGGCUUCCAAGGCUGCCUUCUUUAGCUGCUUUUACUUUGCUCUCAACCUUGGAUCGCUCUUCUCAAACACUAUCUUGGUUUACUUUGAGGAUAAUGGGGGCUGGAUUUUGGGGUUUUGGGCUUCUACUGACUCUGCUAUCAUCGCUUUGGUCCUGUUCUGGGUUGGCUCGCCAGGUUAUACCUGUGUUAAGCCUUUUGGCAACCCUAUUUACCGAAUCGCCCAGGUUUUCACAGCUGCUUUCCACAAACUGCACGUUAAGCUCCCCGAGAGAGAGGAGGAACUGUAUGAGGUUGGUUGCUCCCAGGCAUCUACUAUUGAAGGAAGUCGCAAGAUCCUUCACACAGACAACUUGAAGUGUUUGGACAAGGCAGCGGUUGUGACACAAAAAGACCGAUUUGGGUCGCCGAGCCCAUGGAGGCUGUGUACGGUGACUCAAGUGGAAGAGGCCAAAUGUGUGCUUCGGAUGCUUCCCAUCUGGCUCUGCACCAUCAUGUACUCAGUCAUCUUCACCCAAAUGUCUUCCCUCUUUGUUGAGCAAGGUGAAGUCAUGAGUGCCCGCCUUGGCACUUUCCGCAUCCCUGCUGCCAGCAUGUCUGCCUUCGACAUCUGCAGCGUCCUUAUCUGCACCCUCCUCUAUCGCUUCGUCGUCAUCCCCUUCACUUCUACCCUCAGCAAAAAUCCCAAGGGCAUCACCGAGCUCCAGCGGAUGGGUAUCGGCCUAGUCAUCGGAAUGCUUGCCAUGCUGGCUGCUGGCUUCACCGAGAUUCAACGCCUCCGGCGGGUUUCCCCUGGGGAGCAAAUGAGCCAUCUCAGCAUCUUGUGGCAAAUCCCACAGUACAUUCUUGUCGGAGCAUCUGAGGUUUUCAUGUACGUCGGGCAGCUGGAGUUUUUCAACGGCCAAGCCCCUGACGGGAUCAAGAGUUUUGGAAGCUCUCUGUGCAUGGCGUCCAUGUCGUUGGGGAACUAUUUCAGCAGCAUGUUGGUGAAUGUGGUCAUGGCCAUCACUGUCCGGGGAGAAAUCCCGGGGUGGAUACCGGAAGACCUGAAUACUGGGCACAUGGACAGGUUUUACUUCCUCAUCGCCGGCCUUGCUGCUGUCGAUCUUGUGAUGUUUGUGAUGUGUGCGAGAUGGUACAAAUGCAUCAAAGUUGAGGACAACAGCCAUAAUGAUGACCCCAGCUCAUCGCGCUUGAAAGAAAGCCAGCAGUUAGAUGAUGAUGAAGAAUUAGAUCAAGUUUAAUUUGAUUCAGUUAAUUAAUCUAUUCAUUAUUAGUUAGACCUAUCAUUCUUUUUAACCAACGGUUACUAUUGAUUCAUGAUGUACAUACGUAAAUACGUAAUAACGUUAGUUAAUAAAAACCUCUUAUCUUCGUCCUAUUUGAUUUGAAUUUUUGUAUUGUCAUUUCACAUUUUUAUGUAAUUUGAUGCGGG